CCAAUCAGCGUGCUCGCUGCGGUUGCCUUGGAGAGCGGGACGCUGGGCCCAGUCAUGGCGGAGGAUUGGAAUCUAGAUACCGGGGAGGCCGUGUACCGGUCCCGGGACCCAGUGAACAACCUGCGGAUCCAGGUGGCGCUCCAGCGAGUUACCCCGGUCAGUGCCCUGGUACACCGGGUGCCCCAGGGAGAUGGAGACCGAGGAGGCCUGGAACUCAGGACCCUCCAUGCCAACUCUGCCAACAGGGAUCUUCGCCCAGGUGAUGACAAAGAAGAAAUCGUCAUUUCCUGGCAGGAAAAACUCUUUAGUCAGUUUGAAUAUGAGUUGUAUAAAAACGAUGCCGUUUGCCAUUCCCCUCUUGAUCGACAAUAUCACCAAGAUGUCCUUGCCCUGGAGCGUAGUGGUGGACGGAAAAACAGACGUAUAUUCACAUACACGGACCAUGAUCGAUACACCAACUUAGAGGAGCACUGUCAAUCAGUGACUUCUUCUCAUAACGAGUCUCCAACAUUUUUAGCAGAACGCAUGGCAAACGUACGACGGAGACGCCAGGAUAAAAGGCAGCUGGAUGGAGUCACAAUGAGGAAUCGUUUGGUGACAUGGAAGCCAUCAGAUGAGUUUAUAAAAAAUAAUCACAUCAUUAAUACUCCAGUUCAGACCAUGUAUAUCAUGGCAGAUCUAGCUCCAAGUGGAAACCAUGGUUGCAAGGAGAAUGAACAUGUCCUGUGUACUAUUCGUGUUGAUGGUAAUGGUGUCAUUACAUUGAAACCUGAUGUCACUGGCUUGAAAGGGCCCUACAGGUUGGAGGUGGAAGGCCACAAGCGAGAAUUGUGGAAAUACACGUUGCAGCAUGUCUCAGAGUCAGUAGACCAAGAAGAACAGGAGCGAGAAAGAAAUAUAUACAAUGAUCUGUACAACCGACACAAGGAGUACUUGAACAAUCUUGUGGGUUCUGAAUUUGAAAUGGCUCCUGCUGGUACUCUGCGCUUCUUUAUUAAUGGAGAAAUUGUCUCUGCGCAGAAAUAUGACUAUGAUAAUCUUUAUAUACACUUCUUUAUGGAGCUGCCCAAAUACUGGUCAAGUCCUGGCUUUCAGGAGCUCUCGGGAGUCACACAAAGCUGCAAAACCAAAACCCAUAAAAGGGAGAACAUUGCAUACUUCUGUCAUCCCUUCAGUUUUGAAGUAUUCCUUUCUGAGGAGGUGGCAUCUGAGGACAUCCCACAGUGGCCAGUUCUGUACUUUGAGGUUCUGUCACUGGAUUUUUGGCAGAGAUAUCGAGUGGAAGGAUAUGGAUCUGUUGUUUUACCGGACAGACCAGGAAUGCAUACUGUCACUACUCAUACGUGGCGGCCUGUGGAAUUGGGAACCAUUUCAGAGCUCCGAAGGUUUUUCAUAGGCGGAUCUCCAGAACUGGAAGACAUGUCCUAUACCAGAAUCCCAGGGACCUUUCAGGGUAAUCGUCUCAGUCGAUUUGGCUUCAGGACAGAGACAACCGGAGAAGUAACAUUCAGAUUCAAUUGUAUACACCAAUCGCGAUCUUUCCUUGACAAUAGCUCUCUGAGGAAAAGGAUGCAGAGCGUGUUGGAUCGUCUAGGGGGCACCAGCCAGCAAAGCUCCAUUCACAAUGUCCUUGAUGCCUUUCAGAGAGCACGGCGGAGAAUGCAGCAGGCCAGAGAAAGCCUUCCUCAGGACAUUCUGAACACCUCCCAGGCAUCAUUGCAGCAGUCGCAAGCAUGAUUAUAUCUUGAUAGAGACUACAUAUUGAGGGGAAUGUGGAGCUGCUUCAAAGAAUCUCUUCGGCUGCAGAACUUGACCGAACUGACUAACAUUUAAUUCUGUUUGUGAACGAGUGGCUGUAAUGCGUGCAGUGUAUUUCCUAAUUAUAAUCUCAAAGUCAUGCGUAAAGGUUCAACUUUUCUGCAUUUCUCAAGUCAUCUUAUUAUUGUGAAAACCUAAGUUGAAGAAGCCUCAUUUUCAGUGUCUUCCAGCCCAUCUGCUAAUUUGCAAAUCUUUCCAUGGUGGUACCUCUGGAGUCCAAUGUGAGAUCUUUGUACUCUGCUACAUAGUAGUAUAAGAUAUGUCAUCAACAUUGCCCAGGUUCACUACUAUGCCUUGUCCAGUGUAGGAAAGGGGGAAGAUAAUCUUUCUCCAUUCUAGACCACUGUAAGGGGGUGCUAUUUGCUUGAGUCACCGCAUCUACUUACCUUUCAUUUUUGUUUCCAUGCCCUCCUGCUGUAUGUAUGUAAUUAUGUCAGCUGUAAUAGUUCUUACUCAGUGGAGUCAAAUCUUUUACUUUUUCGUAUCACAAUGCCAGGUUGUAGCUUCAUGAUUAGAUGUGUAUCUAUUUUAAAUGAAUACAUAAUGACAGAAUAUUUAUGGCCGCACAAUAAACCUAUUUG